AUGCCCACGGAAAUCUCUCACGCUGUGAGAAUGCAUGCCAUCUCCGGCUUCCACUCCUCGCUGACGGCGCGGCUCCUCCACAAGGGUCCGGAAUACCUUCGCAAGCAGAUGGAGGCAGGCACCCCUGGCAGGAGGAGUGCCGUGGAAAGGCUGGCAGCAGACAAGGCCAAGUACGUGAAAAGCCAGCGAGUCAGCAGCGGCACGAAGCAGGAGCCGGCCGUCCCGCACAGCUCAGCCUCCGAGAGCAGCAGCGAACUCUGUUCUGUGGAGACUAAGAGAGUGAACCCGCUGGGUGAGGGGCACGAGGCCAACUCCAAGGUGAACAGCACCCCCGAUUCUGGCCCUGCUCCCCUUGAGCAAGGCCUUCCUAUAGCCAGGCGCAGCAGCGCCAAGAGGCCCAUCCGGCCGGACUCCUUAGUGAUCUAUCGCCAGAAAUGUGAGUUUGUGAGAGGUCAAAGCCACGAGAGUCUGCGUGGGAGUUUGGUUCGAAGGCUCUUCCCAGGCUCUUCUAAGGAAAAGCAACUGGCUUCUGAGAGCUCCAAAGUAAUUCUCAAGGAGGAUGUCCCCCCGGAAGCAGAAGGGCCCGUUUUGGUCAAAAAUUCAAGCCAUAAUCUUGACCUGCAAGGACAGAAUGCAGCCCCCAACACAACACCAGCAGCUGUUCUCACCAGCAGAUGUGAGAAUGCCCCUAAACUGACUGUAGCCCCUUAUGAGGUAAAGGAGGUGAGGCGGCAAGGUCUGCAUCGGUCCCAGUCAGACAUCAGCUCUCGCUAUUCAAAAUCUUUCUCUGAGUUUGACACUUUCUUCAAGUACUGUGGCCUUGAACCUGAGGUGAUAGAGGACCUGGGCCAAGAGAACUUUUCAGUGGCUUCUGACAACUUCUCCUUCCGCAUCCGCAGCAUCAGCGUGGCAACAUCUGAAAGUGACUUCACGAGGCACAGUGGCGACGAUGGACUCCUGGAAGAAGAACUCACAGAACAGGUUCCAUCCGGCACCUCCGUGAUUGAGCGCAAUGCUCGGAUCAUCAAGUGGUUGUACACGUGUAAGAAGGCCAAGGAGACAAACGCCUUACCACAGGAGUUUGAGUGAAGAUGGCUCACUUCAGCAUAUUUUGUAGCCAGAAUGGAGGUUCAGAAGACUCAGACUUGCUGCAGC